CGUCUGCGCAGCUGCUUCCUUACAAGUUAUCCUGGACGUACAGCGCCUGGCUGCCUCACCUUAUGACAUCGACACAUCUCAAGGCCUUAAGGCCGCUCAUACAACCUCCAAGAUCAGACGCAGAGCCCCUCGCCUGCCACUCCAUUAGUCUCCGCUUCAUAGGUCCACACUAUGAACGAGACUCCUCUGACGGAAGCUGGACAUCCAAUAACUUAUGAUCAAAAUAAAAUUCCCAUGCAUAGGGUCAUCUUACCCGACGACUGUGGAUAGGAGAAAUAAAGCCUG